UUUUGCGCCUGCGCUCUUGAUGGUCUACGCGACAUACCUAAAAUCAUUUUGUGGAAAAUUUGAAGUUUGUUGUUAUUUGUGACAACCUUUACUUAAUAAUUAUUUAUGAAAGCGUUGUUCUAAUUACCAUUCCAGGCGCGAGGCUGAAUUUUUCGGUGGCGGUCAGCCUGGAUGCGUUUAGUCACUGUUAUUCAGUUCGAGCGGUGUACGGUAGCCAUCUUGGAAUCGAACAAAGCUUCAGAUGUGUAGUUUCUCUGUUUAUCAAUAAUUUUUGUGCAUUUUAUUGUAAAUAGUUUGUAUGUUUAGGAUAUGUACGGAACGUGCGUCCUUAUGUGUAAAUAGCUAUGGCUGCGACAAGGAAAUUACAAGGUGAAAUAGACAGGUGUUUAAAAAAGGUAACAGAGGGGGUGGAGACUUUUGAGGACAUUUGGCAAAAAGUUCACAAUGCGACGAAUAGUAAUCAGAAGGAAAAGUAUGAGGCGGACCUUAAGAAGGAGAUUAAGAAGCUGCAGAGGUUACGAGAUCAGAUCAAGUCGUGGAUCGCCUCCGGAGAAAUUAAGGAUAAGAGUACACUUUUAGAAUAUAGGAAACUAAUAGAAACGCAAAUGGAGAGGUUCAAAGUGGUAGAACGGGAGACGAAAACGAAGGCAUACUCCAAAGAGGGGCUCGGGGCCGCGCAGAAGCUCGACCCCGCGCAGAAGGAGCGGGAGGAAAUGUCCUCGUGGCUAGUCUCGUCCAUCGACGCACUUAAUUUACAGGUUGAUCAAUUUGAGUCUGAGGUAGAGUCACUGUUAGUUGGUAAGAAGAAACGGUUGGACAAGGAGAAGCAGGACCGGAUGGAGGAGCUCAAGGUGAAGUUGGAGAAGCACAGGUUCCACAUAAAGAAGCUCGAAACGCUGCUCCGGAUGCUCGACAACAUGUCCGUUGAGGUUGAACAGGUUGGUUGUAAAUUUCUGUUACAGAUUAAAAGGAUAAAGGAUGACGUUGAAUACUACAUAGAUUCGUCCCUAGAGCCAGGUUUCGAGGAGAACGAGUACAUAUACGAUGACAUCCGAGGAUUGGACGAGAUCGAUCUCAGCGGAGUGGGGCUGCCCUCCUCCGCCACCACCGACAGCAACAACAGCAAUGGCUCGCCCGGCUCCCCCACUAGUAUACUAUCAGGUACAAGUCCCAUUACGUCCCCAACGUUAGAAGUCCACAAUCACUCGACGGAUUCGACGGAAGUGGAAAAGAAAAAGAAGGAGGAAAUCAUAAUAGCGAAGCCGGUUAAACCGCUGCCUGUGCGCGCGGUGAGCUCCAGCCUCGUCGGUAAUAGCACCAAUAACGUUAGUUCCUUGCUCAAUAACGCAGCGGCAACCACAAAUAGUAUAAACCCCGCGGGGCUGCCGCCGCCGCAGUCGCCGCCGUCGCCGCCGGCCAAGCUGCCGGCGCCCAGUCCGCCGCACCACCACCACGUGUUGCUGGCUAGGAAUAACACAGAAGUAGUGGAGAAUGGUCCCGUGUCGAUUGCGCCGGCGCAUACGAAUACACACAUACCACCCUCCACGCAAGCGCCCCCAACGUCAAAAAGUUCGUCAGUCCCGCUGUUGCUGGGCAGCAGCGAGCGCGUGGAGCCCGAUCUCCCGCUCAACGGCCCCCACCCGCCCGCGCCCGCGCCGCAUCUCACACACACACACAACAAUGGUAGAGUAAGCGAGACAGCGAGUACUCCGUCCCUGUCGAGCGCGGCGGCGGCGAGCGAGGCGGCGUCGCUGAAGAGCAUGGCGCAGGAAGCUGUGCACCGCGCGGGGCUGGAGCACCAUGCGCAGCCGGCGCGCGAGCGUCGCGCGGCCGCGCACAUCCCGCCGCUGCUGGGCGUCGCUCCGCUGGGGCCCGCGCCGCUCAACUCGGAGCACCAGCUACAGUUCCAGAUGAUGGAGGCAGCGUUCUACCACAUGCCGCACCCGUCCGACUCCGAGCGGACGCGGCUCUAUCUGCCCCGCAACAUCUGCCAGACCCCCAUAUACUACAACCAGGUGCUACUCCCUCACUCGGACUCUGUGGAGUUCUUCCAGAGACUGUCGACAGAGACGCUGUUCUUCGUGUUCUACUACAUGGAGGGCACGAAGGCGCAGUACCUCGCAGCCAAGGCGCUGAAGAAGCAAAGCUGGAGGUUCCACACCAAGUACAUGAUGUGGUUCCAGAGGCACGAGGAGCCGAAGGUCAUUAACGAGGAGUAUGAACAGGGCACAUACAUCUACUUCGACUACGAGAAGUGGGGCCAGCGCAAGAAGGAGGGCUUCACGUUCGAGUACAAGUACUUAGAGGACCGCGACCUCAACUGAGGCGCCAGCAUUCCAGCCAGCACUCCGCCCGCGGCAUCACUCGCGGGAUUGAAAAAAAUAUUUAAAAAUUCGCGACGUCAAAAAAAAAAACGUUUUUCUGUCACGUUUUGUACAUAUUUGGAAUCGUUUUUCUUUGACGACUUUAAAUAUGUACAUAACAAUGAAAAAAUAAUGUUUUUUGUGAUGUCUGAAUUUUUCUUUGUUAGAAUGUCGUUGACACUUAUUCUCUGUGAAUCGAAGAAGACUUGAAAUCACCCAAAUAUUUAUAAGAUACUCAUUACAGAUUAUAAUGUACAAAUUGGAGAGGAGAGUGUGAAUGGCGUUUCGUCGAAUUGCCGCGGGGCGUUUACAUAUUCGUUGUCAUUUUGCGAAGUGACGUUAUUGUGACGUGACCAAUCCUUCCUGGCAGUUUUUAAUUGUUGUAGAUACGAAUUUUAGCAAGAAGCGAAAGAUAUCAUGUGAUGCAAUACGAUUAGUUGCAGUGUGAUCUGCCAAAUGUGAUACUGAUUUAGGUCGGCUCACCCUGUCGUGUUUUUAUCUCGAAAAUUUAUUUCCUAGAAGGAAUUUUAAGUCGAAAAUGUCGUAAACCUGUGAUGUUAACUCCGUUUUUGACACCGACAAUGCCUUCAUUCUUUUUUUUUUCGUUCGUAUAUCGCUGUCUUUUUUUUUUUAGAACGAGAUGGCGAUAUUAUAGACGAUAGAUAUAUUUUGGUUAUACAUUUUUCCGAAUCGUGAAUGGAAUAUAGCGGCGGUGAACUGUGUUAUUAUUAAUAAAUAACAUCGAAUUAGUAAACGAUGUGUUCCAUAUUGAUGAUACGAAUAUGUUUACAACAUAUUCUCACCGAAAGAGUAAGUAUUGAUUUUUAAAUUUUAAAUAGCAUUAAUUUGUAAUGUUAAUCACAAUUAUAGUUAAGAACGAUUCUAGGAAUAGAUUUCGAGAUAGAAACGCGAGGAAAUGUGUCGAUGUAGGUUCGGACCGCGUCGGCUGUCGUUCAACGAUACUAUAUGAGGUUUGUCCCGCGAUCUCAGUGCACGAUUUGGACUAUCGAAGUGUGUUUUAUCAGUCCAUUCCGUCUAAACUUCAGAAUUAGAGAUUGCGUGAAAAAUUAAAUUCCCACAAACGAUUUGGUAGUAAAUUUAUUGUUUUUUUUUUUAGCCGUUGUAAAAUUUUUUUCUCACAUCGCUAGCCAAUCGUAAAGUACUUAUUCAUAGCAUAGAAUACAAAAUUUGUCAAUCAUAUUUUAUUAUUUUUCACAUUACAUCUCUGAUUUUGUGGAUUUCCUGAAGAGAUUGCGUGUCUCGGUUGUUAUAGAAUAAGCUAUUGUAGAUAAGGGUAUGUUAUGAACAUAUUUUAUACGAACACAAACGUUGAACUUACGUCAAGACCGAACCGCGGAUAAGCAUGAGAAUGACUUGGAUCGUCCCCCACACGUUUUGGACGACAAGGUUUUUUUUUACAGUAAUGUAAGCCCAAUAAAAAUAAUACAUAAUAGAACUAUGCAUAUCGUGUUUUUCCUUCAUAUUAAGUAAUAAAAAAAUAUAUUAGUUCGAUUACAGGAAAAAAUGUUAUUGUAGUGUAUUUUUGGCGAUUUUUUUUUUGUGAUUUCCAGAUUCGCUUGUUCCUAUCUGCGAUUCCUAUUAUUAUUAUAAUGUUGCGAUAAGUUAAAAGUACCUAAGUCAUUAAUUUAUGUAAUUAGGCUGCGAUUGAAUCUCUUAAAAACGCAUCGUAGGUAAAUAUUGAAAUAAAAAAGAAAAUUAAUAAAACGCGAUAUGUAUAGUGCUUUUCAUAAAAAAAAAAACCUCUUUUCCAAGUCGUCGGCGCGAUCCAGUGAUGUGUGCUAGUCAUACGUCUGAGCCGCCGCAGCGUGCGCUAGCGACGCUAGACCAGAGACGUGGAUUUCAUUCACUACCGCAAUGAUAGUAAUGUCUUCUUGAUUGAACAAAUAUUAUUUACAGGUUUUCUCAUGAUGUGUGCUAUCCAGUGAUACGGGAGUCUAUAAAGCCUAUUUUAUAAAGGAUUGUGUAUCCUUUACAUUUCCGUAAAUUUAGGUGUUUUAAAUUGCUCCUUGCACAUUCUGCGCAACGCGCGCUGCGAUGCCAAUUUUCGUUUUAACUUUGUAUAGCGACCGAUCGGAAUAGGUUGAAAUUAUUUUAAAGGCCGGCCCGCCCCUCGCUAUACGAUGUGUCAUAAUUGGACAAAAGCCACCCCCGAGUGGUCGUGUAAAAAUAGUUUUAAAUUGUUGUUAUGACACGUUUUGCGCAAAUGAUUUGACUGUUGAAUGGUUGCUGAAUAGUUGUGAGUCGCGGCGCGGCCGAGCGCGCGACACUUUACACUCGCGCGCUCGCGGCGAACGUUCGCGGCGAAUGUUCGCGACCUCCGUAUAGCGGGGUCGCCGGCCUCGGGUCUCCAGUGUGAUGUCGUUGUAACUAAACAAUACACUCCCUCACCACCGUUCGACGCGUAACUGUUGUACAUUUUACUUUGAUUAUAUUCGGAUUACUACAGGUUCGAUUCGAGGAAUUUCCGAGAUAUACCCGUAUAAAAGUAGAGAGGACGUCUUGCUUGAUAAUGUCGAAGGAUUUCCUCGGGCCGUCGAGCUUGCCCCGAUAGUAAUCGGAGUAUAGUCAUUUAAAUUGAACAAAAACGUAAUUAUGUAAGCGCAUGUAUGUAAGUCACUGCCACGCUUGUGUAUUAUAAUCGGUGAUUUAGAAAUAUAAAUCGUACUUAUUUAUUUUGUGAUAAAAGAUUAGGGGGUGGGGGAGUGUGCGGUUUGCCGUGAGCAAUAGUCGUAUGUACUGCCGGAAGACGCCGAUGAUCGACAUGCAGCGGCGCACCGCGGCCGAGCCGGCGCGAAUCGUAAUUCCGUGCGUCGUGAUGAUAGUUUUCACUUUUGUAAAAAGUCUAUCGUGAGCAGAUGAAAUGUGGUAAAUAAUAAUUUAAAAAAUUAUCUGUACAGUUCUAUUUGUAUAGAAAUAAUAAAUAAUGAUUAAAAAAAUUUAAAACA